GUCGUGACGCCGUCUUUGUUUAUAUAACAGGGAGGGCAGCGUCCAGUUGUUUUUCUCGUUUCUUUUCCUGCGAUCACAGAAAUCACGAUGUGGAAGAUUGUGCUCCCUCUUCUCGCGGCGGGUUUCUCCGUCGGCUUGGCGGGUUUGAUCGGCGGACCGACCGACAUUAGUGCCUCCAAUGAGGGGGCUGUGAACGCCCUGAACUUCGCGGUGAUCGAACACAACAGGCAGAGUAACAGGCUGCUCCUCACCAAGCCGCAGGAGGUCAUCAAGGUCCAGAGACAGAUGGUCGCUGGCUACUUGUACAUAAUAACUGUGAGAAUGGCAUCGACCUCCUGCAGGAAGAGCGCUGCAACUGAACAGUGCGCCAUCCAAGAGGACCCAGCAAAGGCUCAGUCUUACCAGUGCACCUUCAAAGUGUGGGAUAAACCGUGGAGCGGCGAGAUCAAACUGACGGAGCAGACGUGCACUUAAGAGACCUGCGUGGGGGGAAAGAGUCGCAGCGCUUUGCACCUUCACCACGAGUAGUAUUUCCUGUGGACGAAGCAAUACCACAGUAUUAACUUUCCUAUGUUUUGUAACUGUUACUAGGUUGCAGACGCCAGAUUAUUCUGUGCACUGAGGCGAUGUAGAGGAACUUUUAGAGUAGCACUUUUUUGUUUUAUAAUCACAAAAACAAUCACAUAAUUUAGAUAAGCAUCCUUAAAACCCCCCACCGUGUUUUUAAAUGAAAUAAAAUUUUAUCAGCAUGUUUACUUCCA